AUGGGAAAUGUAUCAACUCGCAAACGUCCAACUCAAGAAGCUAUCAAAGAUUUUGGAGAGGAAUGUGAAGGACAACCAAAAAGAAAGCGAAUGAGAAUUGAAAACAUUGAUGAGGAUGAAAAUGAGUAUUCAAAAGUAAGUGUUUCUUUUUUAUUUUUUGAAAUAGGUCAGACAGGUCAAUGAGGUUUGUUUGCAGGUUCAUAUAAAAUCUCGAUUACAACAGUUGAAAAAGUGUCGACCGCAUUUGAAUCUUCUUCGAUCUACAAAAAAACAUCUGCCUCAAGAAUGUAGGUUUUAUUUGGGGAGAGAGAUCUAGAUUGGAUUUUUAUCGGAAUUUUGAUGAUCUAAUUUUUUGUUGAGAAAAACAAUAUAUUCAAAAAAAAAAGUUUCAGAAAUUCUGAAAAAUCAAGAAUUCACCAGUUUUCGAAAAUAUAAUUUUCAGUAAUUUUUUUAUAAACUUUAGAAUUAAAAAAAACAGUAAAAUUGAAAAAAAAUUCUGAAAAGCUAAGGAUUCAAUACACUUUCUAAAAAAAAGUUUCAGAUUUUUCAAGAGCCACUUUUUUUAGUUGAUCGCGAGCACAUCAAAUGUCCACAUGAUCAUUUACAACCAGAUAUCUCGAGAUCUUUUUUUUCCAUCAUCAAACAUCAUCAUCUCUUGAUUAAUCACACUUUUAUCAAAUUUUUUUCAAAUUAAUAUUUACCGUGUAAACAUGUAGUAUCAUCAUCAUUAUUUGUUUAAUAAUCUGUGUUUUUUGUAGUAAAUCCUCGUCCACCUUUACCUCGUUUCAUCGUUGAUGACUAUGAAGAUGUUGUUGAAAAAGAGACCCCGCGAGAUUCCGUGAUUCCUUGGUUUGAACUCCUUUUUCUUCCCGAAUUCCCGACAAGAAGUGUGAUAAAUGAGCGAAGUUUUAUAUUGGAACGACAACUUGGACGAGGUUCUUUUGGUGUGGUUUAUUGUGCCAGUGCAAUUCAUGACAAUGAGAGGAAGUUUGCGAUAAAAAUGCAGGAAAAACGCGAAAUAAUUUCGAAGCGAGCUGUUUUGCAAGUGAAACGAGAAGCAAGUAUUCAACGUCUUUUGCCAGCUCAUCCUUUCGUUGCAAGAACAUAUUCCACGUGGCAAACACGAACACAUUUAUAUUCAUUGUUACAGUAUCCACCGGGAAGUAUUGGUGAUUUAUUUACAGUUUGGAGACAAAGAGGAUCAUUGAGUGAAGCGGCGAUUCGAUUGAUUGGUGCAGAAUUGGCAUCGGCUAUUGGUGAGAAUUUUAGAAAUUAAAGUUUAAAAAAAAACACGUGGCUUUUGAUAAAAGUGAAAAUGAAAAUAAAGAAAAAUUCUAAAAAUAACAAGUGAACGUGGAAUUUUGGCAUUAGAAAAAAUUCAUUCCACUUUUUUUUUGAGAAACCCAAAAUGUGUGAAAAUCUCUCUCAUACCCUGGGAAAAUAAUAUAUCUGGUGUGAACAAGGUUUUAGGGAAAAUUGAUCUUGGGAAUAAUGAAAUUUGAAAACAAGACUUGAAGGUUUACAGUUAAAUUUUCAAAUUAAAUUCUGCUUUAGAAAAAAAUAUUAGCGAUUUUUUUAAAACAAUCCCAUAGAAAUUAGGAUUUAAUAGUUAAAUUUAAAAAUAAUACCAGUUUUUUUUGGAAAAAAAGUGAAUAAAAAGGUAACAUCUUAGCUUUAAUCGUUUUUUUUUUCAAUUUUUGAAAAAAUUUCAGAAGCCACAUAGAUUUCAAAAUUUGAAACUUCGACAAAAUUAAAAUUUAUUCCAACUUUUGCACAUAUUCUUUACACACUCAAUUAUUUUUUUUCGAAAAAAAAAAGAAAGUGUGAAUGAGGUGUGACCCUGGGAAAAUUUAGCCCUAGACCUAAAAUACCAUGAGAAAAAUUGCAGAUUUUCUUCACCGUAACGAUGUGAUUUAUCGUGAUGUCAAACUCGAAAACGUGGUUCUCGAUCAAUCUGGCCACGUCCUCCUAAUCGAUUUCGGUCUCGCCAAAAAAUUAAAAAACGGUGUAAACACAAGCACAAUCUGUGGAACCCUUCAAUAUAUGUCCCCGGAUGUUUCAAGCGGUCAUCCAUAUUCACAUUAUGUUGAUUGGUGGUCACUUGGCGUAUUAUUACACAUUCUUUUAACCGGAAUCUAUCCAUAUCCAAAUUCCGAAAUAACCCAUCAUUCAAAAUUACGUUUCAUUGACUACAGUACACCGCUUGGAUGUUCGCGCGAAUUCGCUAAUUUGAUGGAUCGAGUGAGUAUUUAAUUCUACCCCCUUUUCUUUUUUUAUUUGACUUAUUACAGAUGUUGGCUGUUUCAACAGCUCAUCGAUUAUGCUCUUUUACCGUAUUGCAUGCACAUUCAUUUUUCCGCUCGAUUAAUUUUGCGAAACUCGAAAAUCGAGAAUAUGAUCCAAUUUCGGAAAUUGGAAAUGCUGCGGAAUAUGAUAUGUGUAGAAAUGAUACAGAAUUGGAUGAUAAUUUGUUCAGAGAAAAUUAUGAUGUAAGUUGAAGGAGGGUUUUUUUUAAUUAAAAUUUUGCAAGCCACGAAUAUUUUCUAAUCCCCCCUUUCCGGAUUCCCUGGGAAAAUCCCACAUUGUUUUCAAGUUCCCAGAACUACACAAAGGUGUUGAAAAUGGGCGUGGCCUCCCCCGUAGAUUUCCGCCGUAUAAAAGCCGGGUUGCAAAACAUAAUUUUUACAGUUUGAUCGAUUUGAUUAUUUUAACGAUCGUUUCUGA